GUUUGUGCGGUAGUAAAUUUGUAUCGGCUGCUGCACGAUUUGGAGAGGAAAUAACCGGUUUCUCAAUUCCAAACAAAAUGGUCACCUUGUUGCGAAGUACUUGAGAAACUUCCUGUCUUAGUUACGUGGUUGCUGGUGAUUCAGUGUUGGUGUUGCCGUGGUUCUUUCUGGCGUAGUGGCGAAAGACUGCACGUGUAAACGUGUGUAAUUUUGUACCCAGGCGCGAACGUUUUGGACAGCUAGCUAGCCCGUGCUUCCUCCAACAACCAAAAUCCUCAGACUUCCAAUUACGGUUCCAUGUUUCAGAAUCCUUAUUUCUACUACUGAGAUAGUCUGAGCUUUUAGUGGUUGUCAUGUCGUUCAAAGGAGAUAGAGAUGAGCGUCUCGAGAGAGUCAUUCAGAAACUUGAAGACACUGUUUUAUCCAAAGAAGAUCCCUCAUCAGACAGCCUUCUAUCAGUAAGAGGUGAAGGAGACAGUAAUACUAAGGUUCCAGCUCGUAUCCGAGAGAUCAUCACUAAGAAUCUAUCGGCCGAUGAUUCACCUCGUCUCGAUGAGUCAGGUUUGAGUCCAAGCGUCAUGUCACUACAAGAAGAGAAUCGUAUGCUGACGAAUGAGCUGAGCAGAGUGGAGGAUCUACUCUCAGCUAGCCGGGCAGAUAGAGAUGAAAUUGCCAUCAAGUAUCAAGCACUUGCCGAUAGGUUGGAGCAAUCUUAUAAGUCUGAUGCGGGAGUGGAACGUGAACGAGAGGAGCAGAAUAGAUCCUUGGUUUCUCAGAAUGUAGAGUUGAGGCAUAAACUUGAGGAUGAACAUUCUAACUACAAACGGAAGCUUCAGGCUUAUCAAGAUGGACAGCAGAGGCAGGCUCAACUUGUUCAGAAACUACAAGCAAAGGUUUUGCAGUACAAGAGGAAGUGUGGCGAGUUGGAGACUCAUCUGCAGGAUCGAGUCGCUGAGAGUGAGCAACACAGAUACUCGUUGCGUAGCACCACUGAUACUCUUCAGAGUCAGUUAGAGACGGCCGAAGCUCAGCUCAAACUCCGAGAGGAAGAACACUCCUCAGACCUGGAGAAUGCUCUCUUGAAACUUGAGGAAGAGCAACAAAGGAGUGGAAGUCUCGCUCAUGUUAAUUCCAUCUUGAGGGAACAGCUUGACCAAGCCUCUACGGCCAACCAACAUCUAACCUCUGACAUAUCUAGAUUGACUGAAGACUUGACCAAGUCUCGUGACGAUCUGGAAGUCCGGGAGACCGAAUGGAGGGAUGAGGAAAAGUCGUUCAACGAUUACUUCAACAAUGAGCAUAGUCGCUUGUUAGCUGUAUGGCGUAAUGUGGUUGGGUUCAGACGUGGAUUCAGCGAGAUGAAGACUGCAACAGAACGCGAUAUGGCUCAAGUGAGAGCUGAAAUGACUCGUUCAGCACGCAACCUCCACUCCGCAUGCUUGAAUCUUACUUCCAAUAUGCGCACCAAUGAGACUAGCUCAGUAGUCCAUCUAGAGAAAGAACGAUCUGAACGUGUGCAGUUGGAGCAACAGCUCAGAGAUAAGGUCAAGGAACUGCUGGAUCUACAAGCGAGGUUUGACGCUGAUAAGACAGAGCUGAAUUCAAGAAUCAAUGAGUUGACAGUAACCAAUGAGAAGCAUAAGAUCCUCUUAGCCGAGAAGGACAAUCAGCUACGUACCGUCUCUAGCUCAGCGAGCGUGAGUCGAGUCAACAUCUCAGCCUCUCAUACUCAACCUCUGGAGUCGAGUCACACUGAAGCGUCCCUGCAGCAGCAAGCUGAUGAUGAGGAUAACGGUGAAUCGUUACGCGUACUGCGUGAAGAGUGUGAAGCGUUACAUACAGCGUUACGUGACAUCGCUCAGGUCGUUAUACAGGAUGCGGACGUCUCCGGGGCGAUGGAGGAUGGUAAUGGCGCUGGCGAGGAUCAAGAGACUGGGUUCAUGUCGGAUGUUACUCUUCCAUCACCUUAUGCAAGAUCAACACCUCUUAGGCGUACUCCCUCUCCUGGUCGUGCUUUACAUCUUCAUCGUUCUCCUUCUCCACGUCGUGCACCAUCACCUUCAAGACGUACUCUCUCUCCAUCUCGCUCUCGUUCACCAGCGUUUGCCGAAUCUACUUAUUCAGCCGUCCAGGCUGCUCUACAGAAGAGGCAGCUUCAGGUCCAGGAGCUGAAAGUGAAGCUGAGUUCCAACAAGGAACAAGUAGCUUCCUUGAGGAAGCAUCUUGAGAAUGGGGAUUCAGAUAAGAGACAUCUUGAGCGUAGUAUCCAAGGAUUGAAGGAUGAAGUGGAGACGGCAAAACGACAGACCGAUGACAUCAAGAGAGACAGAGAUCGACUUAGAAACUCACUGGACGCAACUGGGAGUGAAAAGUCCGCUCUGGAGAAUCUACGUCGAUCACUGAAUGAGCAGAUAGAAGCUUUGAACACAGAGAAUGAAAGAAUCCAAGCUGCAAACGCUGAGCUUCAGAGACAGCGAGAUAAUCUUGAAGAUGACCGGGACGAUCGAGACCGUGAUAUGGAGAGACAGAAGAAAGAGAUUGACAGAAGUCACAAGUUGCUGGAGCAAAUGGAAGGCAAGAAUUCUACUCUGAAGGAAGACAUCGUCAGCUUGAAGGAAGGAUUAAAUAAAGCAACGCUGGAGAGAGAAGUUCUGGAUCAAGAAAAGGCAGAAAUCAGUGCUACAUUAUCCAGAGCCGAGUUGCACAAGGCCGAGCUGGAGAUGCAAUUAAACAAAGUGAGGACUGACGAGGCUACUCUAAGGGAUGCUCUGCUGAAGAUGCAAGCUCUGAACGAAGGACUUGGUCAAGAUAAAAUAGAACUCAAUAAGAUCAUUAUGCAGUUGGAAGGUGAGAAACAGACUCUGUUCUCUGAAAAAGGUCAUCUUGAACACGAGAAAUCAACGAUCAAAGAAGAGCUAGUACGUAUUGAAAGUGAAAAGAUGGAUACAGAGACUGAGAAGAUGGGACUGGAUCAGAGUUUGAGUCUUGUCGAACACACCAAAGCUCAACUUGAAGAUGAGUUAGAUGCAGUCAACAGAGAUAAGGCUGAACUACAAGAUAGCUUCUCUCAGGUGAGUCGCCAGAAGGCUUCUCUCGCUGAAGAACUUCUUCAAUCCAGACGUACGGCUGAAUUCCAAGGAGAGAAUGUCUCUAGAAUUGCUAAGGAGAAGGAAGAGUUGACUAAAGACAAAGCAAACCUUGUGGUCCAACUCACUGCUGCGGAGAGGGAGAAUCGAUCACAGAGUGAAGUCAUUGCUGCCUUAAACAGUGAUAAGGAUAGCCUGGAGACAGCCUUGUAUGAAUUACAACAAACUUCAGCUAAACUUGAGAACAGGAAAGAACAGCUAGAAGCAGAAGUACAGGAACUCCAGCUGGCUAAAGAAGCUAUCACAGUUGAUCUCGCUCGAGUCCGUAAGGAGAUGGAGAUUGAAGUCACAAAGAGGGAGAAAGAUCUUGAUUUAUUGAAGCAGAAAUUAUCUCAAGUGGAGAGAGAUUCUCAGCUGGCUGUGAAGCAGAGGGAACAGAUGCAUGAGGAAGAGACGGAGAGGCUGAUCAGAGAAAAGGAAACAUCAAGACUUCAGUUGGAAGGAGAGCGAGACGAACUCAGCCACAAGGCAAACCAAGAACGAGAAGAAUUGAUCGCAAAAUAUGAACAAGAUAAAGAAGCAAUGGAGGAGGAGCUUGGCUUGAUGCAAAGAGAUAGAGAUGAGAGCCUCCUAUUGGCUGAAAAUGAUAAACAACAGGCGUUGUCGUUUGCUCAACAAGAGAAGAAUCAACUGAUGGAGAAAUUGAAUAAUUCUCAGCGAGAGUUGGCCAACGCUUCCAUGGAGAUGGAUCGACUCAAGCGAGAAGCUUACACCAAAACUGAACAAGAUAAGGAUGCUUUGAAUGCCUCGAUAACUGAAGUGAAAGAUUUGAGAGGAUUCUUUGAAGACGCUACUGAGGCUCAUGAGAAGCAGAUCCGAGAAUUGACCUCCAACAUCAAAGAUCUCCAGAAAGCCAAAGAAGCAGCCCUGAGAGAGGUCAACGAACUCAAGACACAACUGAAGAUGGUUGAAGAAAGCCGAGAUGGCGUGAGACGAGAGUUGAUCGAAGCUCAUCGUAAGAUCCGAGAAGGAGACGAGACGAGGGAGGUGAUGAGGAAAGAGAAUCUUGACAUCAAACGGCAGUGGAAUGAUGACAAUAGAGAGAAGGACUCAGUGAUGAAGAUUAAUGAGGAACUAAGAGAUAAAGUCAAGAAGACUGAAGCGGAGAAGACGACUCUGAACCGAAAUGUUGAAGAUAGAAACCAGAGGAUAGCAGUUUUGGACGAAGCAAAGGCAACGAUCCAGAAGGAAGCUGGUGACCUGAGGUCAAGUCUCCGUGAAGUUGAGAAGUCUCGUCUUGAAGCUCGCCGGGAGCUACAAGAGCUCAGACGUCAGAUAAAGACCCUCGAGACAGAGAGAGCUAAGAGAGUGAAGGAGAUUGAAGACUUGAUGGCUCGUCUCUCAGCCGCUGACGCUAGAGACGAAGACAACCGCAAAGAUAUCUUCACACUCAAACAGAAGAUUGUCGAGACCGAGUCCACCAGAGAAUCAAUCCGUAAAGACGCUGCUAACCUACAGAGACGUUACGCCGAACUAGAAGAUGAACUACGUCUCAGAGAGAAGGAUUACCAGAUGGCUCUUGAAGAUGCGAGGAAUACCGAGAGGAAGUUAUCCGAGAAGCUCCGCGUGACUGAGACGUCUUUGGAGUAUGCUAACGGUGAAAUGGGAGAGUUGAAGUUGAAGCUGAGUGCUGCGGAGGGCCGGAUUAAUGGCCUGGAAGCUCAGCUGGCUCAAGUUGAAGGAGCCAAACGUGAUGUUGAGUUCAAGCUUGGUAGUCUGCACUCUGCAUUACGUCGUACUCUAGGUAUAGGAACCGGUGCUCCACCAUCAGGAAGUCCAGGAUCCACACUGAGGGCUCGUAGUCCCAGUCCAAUGCGAAGCCGAAGAGGGCGCUCUCCAGGUAAAGUUACCUUCAAUCUAAGUACAGGGUUCGAUAACACCUUUACGACCACCACGGAUGGGCGAGGGAGCCCUAUCCCACGCACUGGAUCUCCCGAUCGGUCACGUAGUCCUGAGCGUAGUAUGUCACCAACACGUUUAGAGCAACUAGUAGCGGACAUUGAUCCAGAGACGGUUCGAAUCUCUCUAAGAGACUUCUCACAACAGCUGAAGCAGACGGAGAGACAGAGGGAUGACUCCAUUAUGAAGAUUAAGAGUCUUCGUCAAGAGAUGUCCGAGAUGGAUGAAGAUAGAAGUCGCAUCGAGCAACGUCUUCAACAGCUACAGAAAUCACUGGGAGAGAUGGAAGAAGGAAAGAGAGGAGCUGACGGGAGGUUGAGUAGUGCUCAGACUGCUCUUAUGCUUCAAGAAGAGACUAUUCGAAGACAUGAACGAGAGCGUAAAGGAAUGCAAGAGAAGUUCCACACUCUGGAGCGCUCCCUCCAAUCGUCUGAGAAUGAGAAACGCUCCUGUCAGGAUAAGAUAGCCAAGAUGAAGCAGAACGAACAGCGUCUUGAAGCGGAUAAACGCCAACUACGUGAAGCUCUUGAAGGAUCCGAGAAUCGCGCCACGCAGCUGGAGUUGAAACGUCGGGCACUAGAGGGCGAUCUACAGAGACUGCAACUUUCAAUGAAUGAUCGCAUCACAGAGAACCAGGUAUGUCAGGAGAGGAUUGAUUCUCUAACGAAGCAGAUACAGGACCUGGAGAGUAGGAACAGCUCUCUUCAGCUGACAGUGGAUCGGAUGUCUAACGCUUUAGCUAAGAGUGAAACGGAUGAAACGGACCUCAAGGGCAAGCUCCAGUCUUUGUCUAUGUCUUUGAAUGACAGCAACGUAGAAUCAUCUCAGCUUCAAGAACACAUCCAACAUCUUCAACAGACUCUAUCUCAGAGUGAGCAUGAUCGUAGAGUUCUUCAAGAACGCUUGGAUACAGCUAGACAUGCAUCGUCUGAAUCUAAGAAGCAGAAUCAUCAGUUAAUGGAACGAGUUCAACAACUUCAGAAUGAGAUGUCCGAUACAGAGUUGAGACGUAUGGAGCUAGAAGCACAGAUAAGAAACUCACAGGAGCUUCUUAAACAACGUCAAGACUCUGAAGACAACGCCCUCGUCCAAAUCCAACGUCUUCAAGCCCAGAAACAAACCUCACAAGAACACAUCGCUAUGCUACAGAGAGCUUAUAGUAACCUGGAGACCGAGAAGAGAGAAUUAGAACGGAGUACGGGACGUCUUGAGAAAGAUAAGACUGCUCUGAAGAAAACACUGGAUAAGGUUGAGCGUGAGAAGAUUCGUAUCGACGAGGUGGCAAUGCGAGUAUCAUCCGAGAAAGGUGCUUUAGAUAACUCAUUGAGUACCUUUGAGCAAGAGAAUACUGAGUUACAGCGUCAGGUACAGGCCCUACAAGGUUCAUUGGCAGAAACUGAACAGCAGCACGCUCAGAGAUUGAUUGAGCUGACGACUCGUCACCGUCAAGAGACUGACAUGGAAACUGAGAGAUUGAGGACGGCUCAGCUUCAAUCCGAGAGGAUGCUAGAAGCCAGAGAGAGAGCUCAUAGACAAAGGGUCAAAGCCUUAGAGGAACAGGUGAGCACUGUGAAGGACCAGCUGAAUGUUGAACAGAAGAAACGUCAGCAAUAUAUCACAAGAAGCAGUAAGACGUCGGAUGAGAUUCAAGACCUUAGGAAUAUGCUGAGUGAUUCUCUACACACUGUCUCGAGAGACACAGCUCUAGACCCAGUCCUUCUUGAACAUGAAACACGUAAACUGGACGAAUCAAUGGGUUAUGGUUCAAGUUAUGGUCCUGGAUCCAUCAGUGGUAAACAUCGUAGUACAAGGAGUUCAUCUCCAGUACGGCUGAGUGCUCAGGCUACUUCAACUCCAGCCCCCGGUAGAGGUUCCAAGUUGAAGUCCUCUCCACGUGUUCAUGACAGAAACGCCUCCGUUGGCGUGAGCCCAGUUGCAAGGCGCUCACUUCGCAAAUGAAAGGUCACUCACUUCUCACUGGAGUGAGUUUUUAAUUUGAUGAGUUGCUUUAUGACAGUAUCAACCAAACUUCCCUCGUAUUGAUACUGUUACUGUUAAAUGGUAAUGAAAUUGACCAAUACUUAAAUGGUUCCCUUUUUAAAAAGCUGAAUUAGUUCCUAUGGUUACUCGAGUACAGGGAUAUGACAUUUCAGACUUUUAUCUGAAUUAAGUUUUUUUUUUUUUUUUCUUCUGCGUGGUGAAACGAGUGGAUGUUCCUUUCCUCAGAGAUAAGGAAAUUUUUUUCCUUGAUCUGCUACUUAAUGCAGAGGAGUUUCUCUGUAGGGAUUUAACUGCAGGGGGCGAUUUCACAAAGAAUUAGGACUUGUCUUAUCUCGUGUUAAUUUUAAGAUCGCCAUGCUACAG